AUGGGCAAGGGCAGGCUGGCCAACCCCUGCACUGAGCGUGACGGCGCCUGGUUUGUGCAUUUGGGACUAUGCCAGAGCCAGCCCGAGUCAAGCACUGGUUCUGCUCUCAAACAGGGGCAAGAUGCAGGAGAAGUGCAGUACCUUGCGCAGAGGUUGCCACCGGGCUACCGCGCACGGGAGCGGAAAGCAGUGAACAACAACUUCCCAUUUUCCUCUCAUGACAACAGACAUUGUUUACAGAAUGUAGGAGAAUAUUUUGAUUUUGGUUUUGGACGGAAGAAGGUUGAACCUGAGAGAAGGCAACAGAACUCACAAAACUUCUGCCUGUGGGCACAUGAAUCUGUUCCUAGCCGUGAGGAUGGCUUCAGCAUUUAUCAAACAUCAUUCAUGAAAAAUCAAAAUACUGAGCACCCAUUCUGUAGGCGAUAUCCAAAACACCACUUAGAAAAGUGUUAUGCUGACAAACCCAUCCCUGAGGAUGAAAGAAACCUGCAGCCAAACAAGCCACGUUAA